AUGGUAUUCAUUGUUGUUCUUGUAUUGCUUUUACGUCGUCAAUUCCUAUUUGUUUCUCCUUCAUUUGCCUUUUUUUCUGAUUCUUUUUUCGAAGCUCUCACGAUUCAAAUUAAGUCUCUUGUCUUUGCUCCAAACAUUUUGAUAUUUGUCUGCUUGACUCUAUGUUCUCUGAUUAACAUGUUUACUAGCAGAACUAUUUUCCUUUCACCGGGAGCUGCCGUAACUUGGCCUCAUCAUGAUAUACUCGUGGGGAAGGAAAAACGAGUAGUUUAUGCUACGGAUUUUCUGGCUCUAGUAUUCACUGGAUUUCAAGGAAUGGAAUAUUAUCAAGCACUUUUCACCAUUUCCCAUGGUCAUCUGCUUGUUUUCUAG